ACCUGAAAAUAAUUGAUAAAAGCAAGCAUAGUUAAAUAUACAGUUUAUAGACGCUGCUUUUAAAUGACGACUCUAAUGUUUUGUGAUCAUGGAUCCUAUAGAAUUUGCUUAGAACUUUUAAAAUGUUUACUGUAGUUGUCAUUGCACUGUGUGACAUGAGUAUAAGUGCAGCCCAUGACAUGACAAGUCCAAGAGCACAAAUCAAAUCUAUUGGUUCGUUUCCCGGCAGAGAAAUGUCUGACCAAACUUGGGAUGCUGUGGAUAGUGCUGAGGAUGAGGAUGUGUUUGUUGAAGACGAUGAUGACGAAGUAAACAUGUACAUGACAGAUGACAUCUACAUGUCAGACAAUCUCUACACAUCACACGACUUGGUGUCCCUUAAAACGUGCUCCUCUGAGGCAGAUUCGUGUGGUGGCCAGUCUUCACAAUCUAACAAGUGCACUCGGCUCAACGGCAGAUGUAAAAUUCCAUCCCCAGAAAACUGCCUGGAACACGAAGAAACCUCGUCUGACUCCUUCCCUAGGACAGGAAGCAUGCUACUAAACCAACACACCGGGGACACUCCGCGUGCCACGGGUACCGGAAGUCGUAAACUGGUUCGGCGCGUGUUCACGAACACAAGAGAAAGAUGGCGGCAGCAGAACGUCAAUGGAGCUUUCUGCGAACUGCGAAAACUUGUCCCCACCCACCCCCCUGAUAAGAAACUAAGCAAGAAUGAAAUUCUGAGGCUGGCCAUUCGUUACAUAGAUCUGUUAAAUAAAGUUCUACACUACCAACAAACUCAGCAAAGCUCCACACCAGCAGUAACUCGUGGAAACAAAAAAGCCCCAUACAAAGACUUAAGGGUAAAACUACGUCACGCAGAAGCAGACGCUGUGCAGAUCUCGGGGACACCAUCAGACGAGAUAAGCAAACUAAAACAAUUGUCCAGUAAACUCAACGGUUCGUCUCUUUUUGGGGAAACUCUAUCCGGGAAACGAAUGGGCGACACAAACCGUGAUGAGAACAUUGCCGAAGAUAGAGUCCUUAGUUUCGAACCAACCAUGGAUUCCUCUGCUUCAAAAGUGGACUCUCUUGGACUCGGUCGAAUUUCGUCUGCUAAAAACUAUGAUAUGCCCGAACGGAGACUAGUGGCCAUGAACUCAAAUAAGGUCAAUAGAGCCAGCGAAUUUAAGCAUAAAAAACUAAAGGCUAAAAAUAUCAUCUGUUCAUUUUCGAACAAAAACAAAACAAUGUGACGGAAAUACUUGUGAAAAUCUUCAGUUCUAUUCACACAAAAGUUUUGAAAUGAAUCUACGUCUAGUUGGAUUAGAUCUUUCAUUAAAUGUAGAACAAAGAUAUCAAUGUUUAUAGAAAUAAAAUGUCUGAAUAAAAUAUUAAUACAAAUA